UGUGCGAUAGUUCACUAUCGGACGCUGCUCCAAUGCCCUGGAUCACAGCGUCUGUCUCCUCGCAGGACCCGUCGGCUCUACCCACAGUUCCCCGCGCUCAGACAAGAUGGAGGAACGCAGCAGCUGCAGGAGAACAAUGUUUGGACUCUGAACGUUAAAAGAAACGAUCGAGGGGGGAAAAUACACACACAGAGAGACAACGGUGGACAUGCACUGGAUGAGUGAGGUGGCCUUGCAUUGAAGCAGACCCCGUCGCCCCUGUUCCAGCAUCAGCGUCAGUGUGAUAACACUCUGAGCCCUGCCCCUUCAACAUGAGCCUGAUCCAGGACAAACUUGGCAAUGAGUUCCUCCGCUCUAACGGGGGCAUGGAGCCAGGCUUUGGUCCAGGCAUGCUCAUGUUCAGUCACCUGCCCCCUGUUACUAGCUUCACCCGGCUGGCCAGUCAAACCGUUAUGGCUGACCUGCAGCCCCACGAGAUGAUCUUGAAGAAGGAGAGGGACUCGCCGGACUGUGGAGGAGGAGGGAUGAGUGCUGGAGGCAUGGGUGGUGGAGGUGGCAUAGGAGGGAUGAUGGGAAGCAUGGGAGAUUACGUUCAUGCCAUGGGCAUUAAACAGGAGAAGGUCUCUGAACAUGAUUACAGGCUGCCUCUCUACCCGGGUGGUGGAGCUGGAACUGGAGUACGAAGUGGAGGAGAGUUGCUGGAGGUCUCGCUGGGCAACCAUCAGAACCUGGUGGUGCACGACCUCAGUCUGGGAAACCUGUCAGGACGGCUGGUAAAGGAUUCCUCAGGGAGGAAAGGUCGAAGGUCAAAUGGCGAGGGACAGGAGGGCAAGACACGGAGGAAACGAGGAGAGUCGAAGUCAAUGAUGCUGGAUCCAGAUGGAGGGAGCUUGUCUCCAAACUCCAAACCACACAUCUGUGAGCACUGCAAUGCAGCGUUCCGGAGCUCCUAUCAUUUACGCAGACAUGUGCUUAUACACACAGGUGAGAGGCCUUUCCGCUGCACUCAGUGUAACAUGAGCUUCAUUCAGAAAUACCUCCUACAGAGACACGAGAAGAUCCACAGUGGAGAGAAGCCAUUCAGCUGUGACCAGUGCAACAUGCGUUUUAUUCAGAAGUAUCACAUGGUGUCUGUGCCAAAGUCCCACUUUGGUCUCCUCGAGGGCUCGUCGCCUCCAACGGGCUUCCACUUGAGCGGCCUGGAGCCGUCUGUACACACGCAGCAGCUCACACCUUCCCAGGAGCUCACUGAACAGCUGGACAAGCAGCACACCUCCCCUCCGCCACCUCCACACACUCCCAACACCAACGCCUACCAGAUCACACCUCAGCCUCCCGACCUGGGCGGUCGGAAGGAACUGCAAGGGCCGAAAAACGGAGCCGCAGCCACCACUGGAGGAUUCUCCCUGGCUGCGUCCCAGGACCUGGCCACGCUGGACCCAGCCAAGGCUCCUUAUCAGAUCGAGAACUUUGCCCAGGCUUUCGGGGCGCAGUUUAAAGGGGGCAGAGUGUCCCUGGCCUUCAGCAGUGACUCGGGGGGAGAGGUGACUCACCGCUUACAGACAUCAGUCUCCGAAUUCUCAGGGUAUAGCAGUCUCUUGGCUGAUGCCAGCAACCCAGUCAGCAGUGGCUCCAAAACCCCAACAAGCCAAAGCUACAGGUGA